UUUAAGCCAACACCCGGGGCCCGAAGCGGCAGGCGCAGCAAGAGUUGAAAUUCAAGCUUGUUCUCGCGCAGUGUCGCCAUGAAGGUCCACGUCCUGGCGGGAGUGAUCCUCUGCACCCUGGUGCUCGUGCAGGAGAGUGUUGGCGCCAACGUCCAGAAGACGGAUAACAGCUGUGUCCCAUCGGGCGGAGUAUGCAAAAGAUCCUGUCGCGCCCCACUUCCUGAAGGAGAAUGCCCAGGACAGCAAGUGUGCUGUAGUCAGCGCAGGAGCCUCGCAAAAGGCGGAGAUUCUAACCGUGGGAAAAAUCUUGCAAGCAGAAGGGAAAAGGCAAGAAACAACAAGAGGAACUUUAGACAACAGAAAGGGAAAGACAAAACAAACAAGAAAGGUACUGAUAGAAAGAAUAGGAAAAAGGAUGAUCGCAACACACAAAAACAACAGCAGAGGAAAGAUGUUGAGAAGAAUCAAAAGCGCAACAAAAACAACUCAAAGGCGAAUCGAGGACCAAGAAAACAUAACAAGAAACUGAAAGGAAAGAAUAGCAGCGAAAACGAGGACGCAAGAGACGGAAGAAAGAAAAACAAAGUGAAGCCAAACAAAGCUAAAGGUCAGGGAAAGAAACCAGAAGCAGUUGACGUCCAGAGAUCGGGAGAGAAGGUUGCGUCCAAAGAAACUGAUGGAGGAAAGCGCAUAUGCAAGAGAACUUUAGACAAAUGCAGAAAACAGGGGGGGGAAAUGCGUCGAGACAGGAACGUGUGCGACUCAGACUCUCGAAGGCGGUUGCCAGGGCUUCUCGUGCGAAUGUUGCCUUCCUGCAGAUUGCUCUACAAAAAUCAAGAAAAAAUGCGAGAACUAUGACGGAACCUGCAAAGCCUCGUGCGCAGAUGGAGAACGGAUCAUCGAAAAGGGCUGCAAAGGAAAGAAAUGUAAAUGCUGUGCAGAAGCCUGCAAACCAACAAACAAAUGCGAAGGCGGUUUCUGCGUUGAAAAGGCAAAAGAUUGCACUGGUAAACUUCUGAAGUCGGGAUGCAAGGGGAAGAAGUGUUUCUGCUGCCUCCCCUCCCCCUGCGUGCCGAAGAAGAAAUGCAAGGGCGGUUUCUGUGUCUCGAAGAAGAGAGAGUGCAAAGGAGGCCAAUUCCUGAAGAAGGGAUGCAAGGGUAAAAAGUGUUCUUGUUGUAUUCCUAAAUGUGUGAAGAAAAAGAAGUGCAAGGAUGGCUUUUGCGUCUCCAACAAUCAAGACUGCAAGGGCGUCAUACUGAGUAAUGGCUGCAAGUCUAAACCCAA